AUGUCCAAUCCUCUGACAAUAACACCACCCAUCACACCGACCCUUGGCGGUGUCUCGACGGCGCCGCCAACUACGCCGCCUACUACAUCGUCGACUCCUACUUCGACAACUACACCCACCAGUACUCCUUCUACUUCUACUUCUUCGUCAACCACACCGGCCACUACUAGUAGUACGACCUCGGGCUCGUCCACGACCCAGUCAACUAGUUCGACUGUGUCAAGCACUUCAUCCACCCAGACCAGUAGCUCUACCUCGACUACUACUACUACUCCUACCACAGCUGCAACAACAUCGACAACACCCAGCCUUACUGCUUCACCUUACACAUCAACCAGUGACGGUGUCGUAGUUACCAGUUAUGCCUAUGUGACUGCAAGCCCCACUCAAUCCUCUAGUAAUGAUACUGCCACUUCAUCCAACUCGUUCUUCUCCAAUACUGGGGCUGUUGCCGGUGUCUUCACCGUCGUUGGUCUCAUUGUUAUUGCGAUUUUCAUUGCACUUGUAACGAACGCCAUUCGGCGUCGUCGUGCUCAGAAGUUCGACAGGGACGUUGCGGAAGCGGCUGCAGAGGCGGCUGCCUCUUCGCGUUCGCCAUUCGAUGAUUACACAUACAAUGGCAAUUCGGGUGGCGGCGGUGGCGGCGCCGGAUAUCCUUAUUCUGAUACCACUCAUGGAACUUUCGGCCAGGCUCCGAUGGGUCUUCCUACUGACACAUAUGGCAUGAGUGAGAUGACACAGUAUGAUCCAUAUGCAGCUGGGGCAGUAUCUCUCGCUACCGCUAACGUGGGAAGGGCUCGGAGCAGGCAAGACAGUGAAACUCAGCGUGCACCAGGCAUCGCUGGUGUUGGUGCAGGCAAUCUCGCUCGCGAGCCGAGUCGCAGGACUCCAUACCAUGCUUUCGCUGGUCCUGGCUCACAACCCCAGGAAACACCGGAUCAUACCCUUAGUGGACGAUACAGACCUCGUGGUGUAGAAUUGCUCGAAGGCGCUGGUCUGGCAGGCACCGGAGUUGCCGCUAUGACCGCCGCGAACAAUGGAGCAUAUAUUAACCGCCGGCCUUCGCAGUAUACCCAACAGACACAUGGAAGUAUGCGUUCCCAGGGGCAUUCGCAGGGUCACUCGUCGAGCGAGAACUACCCCAUGCCCCUUCAGCCUGUAUAUCAGUCACCCCAGCGCAAUGAUACCCAGUUCGCAGAUGCAUACACUGGUUUUGUUAAUGCACCAUCUCAACCUCUACUGAGUCCUGGCUUUCCCAAUCCUCACGAGACUUCCCCGUCGCCACCCCCUGUUCAGUCUCACAGUCCUGUGGGCGAAGUCGAGGGAGAAGAUGACCGCGAUGAUGGCCCUCCGAGCCAGCGUCAGAGUUACGCUGACGACGAAGAUUACGGUCAACACAACCGUGUACUCAGAGUUGCAAAUGAGUGA